AAGGCUCUUGAAGGUUCAACAGCGAUCUCAUUGCACACUGAAAACUAAAAUAAGACACACAGGAACCAGCAAAUUUAUUCUGCUGAUGUAGUUCACAGUUUAAACGUUUAUAUCUGUCCUCCAUGUUUUUCAUCCGUUCACGUUCCUGUGGUCUGGAGAACAGGAUUAUAGAGUUGCCUUCUCCAAGAAACACCACCAAGAAACAUGGAUAAGCAGAAAUUUCCUUCGAAACUAAUGUUAGAAUUAGUGAUAGUUACAAUAUAAUCAAGGCAAUGAUUUUGCUAAUCUCCUCAGGAAGUGUCGAAUUAUUGUGCUAAAAUUCUUAUUUGUCAGUUUUUGUUUUUAUUUAAGAGGAACGUGAUUUGUCCUGGAUUUGUUUCGGUGCGUUCUGAUGUGUCAUGAGAGAUUUCCUCAUUGUCUGUUCAAGUCCCUGCACGAACUCUGCGUCAUGAAUCCUGCGCUUGUGUACAACCUGUUGCUGGCGUCACCUGGUUGACUCGUUGUGUUUUGAUAUACCGUCCAUGUGAGCUAACGCCAAACCCAGAGCGGGUGUGUACGAGGGCAGGUGCAUGCUAGGCUUCUCUUCAUUCUCCUCACACGUGUUUAAACACACCUCAGACAACAACGCUGAGAUUUUAUUAGCUACAGGAUCGGGCAAGUUCUUAUCAAAUCAGCACGGAUCAGACACAAUCUGCUGGGAGACUGAGGGUGUGAACAGCAUGGUGAGCCUGAAUACGCUGAGGGAGGUCAUGUCCGUGUCGGUGCGGGAGCUGUAUGAGGAUGAAGAAGCUCGGGAGUCGGACCGAGACAGCGCCAUCGGGAGCGCUGCAGGAUCUGAGCUCUCUGACGGAGGAAGAGGAGGAGACAAAGAGGAAGGAGUCCGAAUGUUUUUACCUCAGCAAAAGAGCGGAGAGCUGAGCCUGAACCCGUCUGUGACCUCUGACCUUUCGACUCGCUCUCUGAACGAGGAGCAGUUUGAGGAUUAUGGAGAGGGAGAUGAUGUCGACUACAGUCCCAUCAGCCCUGAGGAUGAGACGCAUACUAACGGGUUCUCCGACCUCGGGUCCUCCGUACCCUCCAGUGCCACUCACACUCCACAGAAGGUGAGGCAGGUGAACGGUGAUCAUGAAGUGUUUUGCUCAAACUGCUGCAAAAAAGUCACUCAGCUCAAUGAACUCGAAACCCGGCUCAAGAACCUCAAAACACACAGCCCAAACAGGAAAAUUUCCAGUACAGCAUUUGGCAGGCACCUGCUCCACCACAGUAAUCUCAGCAGUAGGAACGGAAGCACAGAGGACCUUUUCAGAGACGGCAACAUUGAUUACACUGACACUGACAUCGCUGACAAGGUGAGUCAGUUAGAGAAGAAGCUGUGUGAGCUGGAGAAUGAGUGUCUGAUGAACGGCGAUGUGAAAUCCAAACUCAAACAGGAGAACACACAGCUAGUGCACAGGGUACAUGAGCUGGAGGAACAGCUGAAGGAACAGGAGGCGCGAGCCGAGCAGAUCAUGGACGACGAGCUGCGGAGACACCGAGACGCCUUCAACAAACUGGAGCGAGACAAGAACGCACAGAUUGAGAUACUCAAUAACCGGGUGCAGCAGUUGGAGGCGGAGAACACAGAGAUGCUGGUCAGCGUGAGCAGGCUGAAAACACAGACGGAGAAGCUUGAUGAGGAAAAGCAGCGGAUGACGGAUAAGCUGGAAGACACGAGUCUCCGUCUGAAAGAUGAAAUGGACUUGUACAGGAAGAUGAUGGACAAACUGCGACAGAACCGGAACGACUAUCAGAGAGAGAGAGAGGCCAUGCAGGAGCUGAUUGAGGAACUCCGGCGAGAACUCGAGCACUUGCAGCUCUACAAGCUGGAGGUGGAGCGCGUGGGGCGGAUCCGAAGGUCAUCCAUCAGCCUAUCAGAUUUCAGCACACGGACUCGCGAGAACGAGCUGGAACAGGAAAUGAAGAGGCUCAAACAGGACGUUCCCCCUGACCUCCAGCAGCGAGCGUGUGUUAGCGCACGGCUCUACGUGGAGAACCAGAGACUCCGUGAACAAAACGAAGAGCUCAAUGGUCAGAUCCUCAGUCUGAGUCUCCACGAAGCCAAGAACCUGAUCGCCACGCAGACGAAAGCUCAGUCCCUGGCCGCGGAAAUCGACAACGCCUCACGUGACCAGUUAAUGGAAGCCCUGAAGGAGCAGGAGGAGAUCAACAUCCGUCUCAGGCAGUACAUGGACAAGAUUAUAUUAUCCAUCCUCGACCACAACCCUUCCAUCUUGGAGAUUAAGUACUAAAAACAAGCUCUUGGUAUUUAAAACUAAAAACUGGAUGCUUGUCGCCCCCUGCUGCCCUGGAGGUGGAACUGCGUUCUUCUGAGAGGAUUUGAACUUCGUGUUGUGAAGCAUGUUCUUCAUGCUCCCUCUGUGAGACUUCAGGACGUCCUGGAGUUAUUCGUCAUCGGUGCUGUGCAUGAUGGAUUGAGGGAAUAGUCACUGGAACGGCGGGAUGAAGGAUGAAGAUUCAGAGGGUCCAGAGAACUGUGAUAGUCUUUUUCUGGAUGUUAUUUCUGUACUAAGUGCUCAUCUCAGAACUGCUGAUUUUGGCGUUCAGUAAGUUGAUCAGAGGGAAAUACGAGUCCGAGAGAGCGUCAGAGAUGGGAACUGGAAGUGUCAGAUGGAAAAUGAGUUGUCGAAUAAAGCACAUCCUGAUUUUGCCAUGACCGGUUUAAGGGGCGGAGCUUAACUUAAAUCCUGUCUGCCAAUUACAGACUUGAUUAUGGCUUGACGCCGUGUCAUGUGAUACUGGUUUUAAUUACACCAUGUGAUGGUUUAGCGAUGUAUAUGAGACACUGGUAACGUCGCUAAUACCUCUAAUACCUCAACAGUUUUCUAGCUAGCAUUAGGCUGAUAUUUUAUUUUGUAAUCGAAAUCAUUUCACAUGAAGAACUGACUCAAAGCAAAGAAGAGAAGUGUUUUUGUUGAUGUCACCUAAUUACGUACAUGAUCGGCUGAUUAGAUUUAACUUAAGCUCCGCCCCUUUUGACCCAGAUGUUCCACUCACUUGGUGUAAUCAGGACCUUACAUAGGCAUGAGCUGAUAUUACAUUUCCACCUGAUUUUAUCACAGGAUUUCUGCCUGUUCUCAUUGGCUUACGUUUAAAUAAUUCUGGAUUUGGAUGAUAUUACUCCAAAAUAAGGGCUUUUAGACGAUUUUUGAAUAAGACAGACUUUCUCAGGAGCACAACGGCUUCCCCAAAAAAACGCUGCCUACCUAGAAAUGCUUCACAAUAAUAAUAAUAUCAUGGUAUAUUGUAUAACUGAUGAUCGGCACAUGCCUGGUUAGUAAGAGCAGCAUCCGAAUGUUGACUUAUCGUUACGAAUGUGCGUAUGUUAUGACGCCUCAUAAGUCAUAUCAUGACAAGUGCUUCCUGUUUUUAAGCUGUUACAAAGAAUGCUGCUGGAGCAGACAUCCACCUCAUCAUCAUCAUCAUCAUCAUCAUCAGGAUCAGGGUCUUCUCUUUAUUUCAGAAUUGUUUUCAUUUGCAGCAUUCCCUUAUUUUCUUUUUACUCUAAUGCUAAUCUGUUAUGCAAAUUAGCUAUAAAUUGGCUCAUUUAGGGUGAGAGGAACUUUGUGUACAUUUCAUUUUUAGCCAAAGUUUCACCUUUAAUUAUGUUCUGGACAAGUUAUUUACAUCUCAUUGCCAGGUAUUGGCUCAGUAUUGGGAUUGGUGCGUCACUAAAAUUGGUUUGUAAUGUUUUUGGUGGCUGGGUCAGUUUGAUGAUUUUGCUACACACCUUUUUUGGUUUUCUCACUAAUCUGUUGAAGCUUUUUUUUUUUCUUGGCAAGGUGAAGCCUCACAUCCAUUGAGCUACCUUACCUUUGCACCGUGAACAGCAUUUUUUACAGUUUCUUUUAAGUGUUUGUGCCUUUUCAUUAAGCAACCCCACUGACAGACCUGCUGAUUGUUUAGCUAUCUUGCACCUUUUUGAAUCACACUCCAUUUCAGUGCAAUUUCUAAAAAAAAACCUGUAAAUACUGUAUAGGUAUCAGUAAUACUCACUCGUUUUCUAUACCACUCAUGUUAAUUCUUUCAGCUUUUUCUACACCUGUAUUUUAUAGCUUAGCUUUCACUUUUUCACAAAAUAUCUGCUAGCUCUAAAAGCAAUAUUAUACCACUACUUUAGCGACAGAAGCCAAAUGCUAGCUGGGGUUAAAGCAGGAGUCAUGGGUUAACCAGGCUAUCAUGGCUUAUGACGUCCACUUUUACUCUCUUUAAUCCUUUGCUAAUCAAAUUUCUCAUUCUGAUUGUUGACCUACACUUUUGUAUAGUAAUUUCAGACACAGGAACAUUUUAAAUGCUUCUGAUUAGCAUCAUGUUAAUUUAUUAAUGUACACUGGAGUAUUGUUACGUACUUUUUUUUUCUUUUCCAAAUGGGAUAUGUUGUGCUGUCCUGAACAGGCCUGAAGGAGUCAACAUUACCAUGUUGAAGAUGAGUAGAGUGUAACUUUGGCUAGAAUUUUGGCAAUAAAAUCUAAAUUCAG